AUGAGUGAGACGCAAGAAAACAGUACACUUGCUAAAGAAUCACACGCCAUUGAGAACAAGCCAUCUUUAUAUCUGAAUCAGGAUAAGGAGACCGGUAACAUACAAGAGGUUUCAUCCACAUUCCAAGGUUACGUCUUUCGCCAAAUUCGAAUUCUAGUUGCAUCGGCCACAGAGGAGAAUUUAUUCGAAACCCAAAAGCAUAUAUCACUUCUAUUACAGAGAGGUUCCUGGUCGUUAUACAUUGACUAUUGGAAACUUCUAGUGCGAUUAUUUUCAAAGGAUAUAGAGGAAGCUAACGAAAUACGUCGUUUAAGCGAAGACAAAGAGAAGCUUGCUGAUUUCAAGAAGCCUAACAUCGAGUUAUUAUACAUUUUAGCGUACGAGCUUAGCAAAAGAAGUCCAGAUACCAUUGAGAAGGUAAAAGAGUCCGUCUUUGAGAAAGAAUUUGGAGAAUCAACAUUUGAAUUACUUUUAGCAUUAUUCGAAACAGGAGAUCCGGACAAUACUGAAGCUCUAAAGUCUUUAAACCCACAACCACCCACUAAUAGCUUAAAAGAACUACUAAAAUCGAAAAUGAGUGUAUCUAAUAUUGCCCAAAAUUUGUUUGCGCCAGAAAACAAGCCAAACUUUUUGACCAUGCUCUCAGAGUUUCUAAAACCUCUUUCAGGUGAAACAUUAAACGACUGGAUUGCGUUGAUACUCUCGGAAGUUUUAGCUCCAGGAUCACAGACUUCUACUCAACAGUCACAACCACAACAACAAUGGGCAGUUCAAAUGCCAAAUGUGGACAAUCAAGAGGUGGCAGAGGCCGGCGAAAUGGGAAAUAAAGUUCACACAGUCAUCAAGUCUUUGGGUACCACUAACGUCAAUUGGAAUCGUGUUUUUAAUCUCAUGUCAACAAAGUACUUUUUAAACAAGUCGGUUAACGCUACUUUACCAUCAUUGAACUAUCUCUUCUGCAUUCUAAACAGCGGGCCUUUAGUGGAUCAAUUUUUUGCAUGCGAUUGGAGUUUGCACUUCAAAUUGCGUUUGUCUUACCUAAUGUACCAGUGGAAUUACAAUUCGGAAUGCUUGGAUUUAACUAAGCUUACGAAUAUCAAAAAAAUCAACAAGUCAAUUCCAUUGACAAAAAACUCCUUGUUGUCAUUGGUGUCUGUUGGAAAACUAAAUAUCGAACUAUUUUUAUCCAGAGAUGAAAUUUCAAAGGAUGUAUUGUUUUCCUCAUUCCAUGCGUCCUUUUCGGAGGCGUACAAUAAUGUCCCAGAGUAUUUGGCUGCAGUGCUGAUAUCCGAGGCCAAGUACUUCGCAUUACUUGUUGAUAACAAGUCAAUAAUCGAUGAGCUUUUAAUCUCAUUAAUAAUCAAAACUUAUGAGAAUAAUGUUGUUGCAUUCAAGGAACUCUUAAAACUAAUUUCAAAACAGAAGGUGAUUGAUGUUAGUAGAGGGAUUGUCGCAUCUCAAAACCAACAAACCUCUAACCUCAUCCAAACACUUCACGAGUUGAACCUUUUGGAUGAGGUAAUGGAAAAGUUCCCAGUUAGAGAAUCGUUAAAGCUUUGUGCUCCUAUCGUUCGCUUAGGUUACAUGGACUUUACAGAUUAUCUAAACAAAAAUAUCAACCUCAAGAGCUUUUCCCAUGUUUUAGAAUUCUUGGACUCAGAAACAAAUGUCGAUGAUAUUGACUCUUCUGUGAAAGCACUGAAGCUUUUGGAUCUCAAUUCUUUACACAGGUUAAUCACCCAUACUGUAGGGUUGAAAUUGUCAAUCGAAGAAAGAACAAAUUUAAACAAUGUAAUCUUUAAGCUAUUGAUUGCUUUCCCUAGAUUGAUCAACUAUGGUCAUGGUCAUGACGAGGCUAUCGUGGCAAAUGGCGAUCAUGCACCAAUUCCCCAAGAUGUCGAAAAGAAAAUGCAAACAUAUCUCCAAAAGAUGUACAACAAGGAAAUGGCAAUCAAAGAUAUUGUAGAUACAUUGCGUAAACUUAGAGAUAGUGACGACAGCUAUGAUCAGGAUGUAUUCUGCUGUAUUAUUCACGCAGUAAUUGCAGAAACUACUUUUUUCAAGGAAUAUCCAUUGGAAGCUCUUGCAACCACCUCGGUGCUCUUCGGAUCUAUGAUCUUAUUCGACCUUUUAAGAGGCUAUGUAUUGGAUGUCGCAUUCCAAAUAAUUUUCAGCUUUGCGAAGGAAAAUCCAGAUUCCAAGAUGUUCAAAUUUGCUGUUCAAGCUUUGUAUGCAUUUAGAAUGCGACUCAAUGAAUAUUCUGCAUUUUGUAGACGCUUGUUAGACGAAAUUCCUGGUCUACAAACCCAACCUCAAAUUCGUCAAAUACUUGAAGAAGCAGCUGCUUCUCCAAACGUGGAAGUAGCUGAACGCAAGGUACCAGCCCUAGUAGAGUUAAGUUACUUCAAUAUUAACGAGGUAAUUAGUCCCGUGGUACAAGAAACUCCGCCAAGGGAAGUCACUGAAAGGAUUUUGUUCAAUGUAAACAAUACAACCAUGAGCAACUUUGAUACUAAAAUAGUAGAACUAAUUUCUGUUUUGGAGGAAAGGUACUACCAGUGGUUUUCAAACUACCUUGUGAAUCAAAGAGCGAAGACCGAACCAAAUAACCACACGUUGUAUGCUAAAAUCAUACAGACAAUUGAUUCAAAGUUACUCCACGCUUAUAUGUUGAAUUUUACCUAUAAGCAACUAUUCAUCUUCUUAUCUACAAAGGAGCUUGGUCAGAAUGAGAAAACGCAUAUGAAGAAUCUAGCGGCUUGGCUAGGUUGCAUUACCCUUUCGCUCGAUAUUCCCAUUAAGCAUAAACAUAUUGCUUUCAGAGAGUUGUUACUAGAUGCACACAAGAAAGAUAGACUAACUGUUAUUAUUCCAUUCGUAGCAAGGGUGCUCAUGCAGAGUGGCGAAUCUAAGGUCUUCCGUCCUCCAAAUCCUUGGACAAUGGGUAUCUUAAGAGUUCUUCUGGAGUUGAAUAAAAAAACCGACUGGCCGCUAAGUCUUUCCUUUGAGGUCGAAGUUUUAUUCAAACAUUUAGGUUUAAAGUUCAGCGAUAUUUCUCCUUCGCACUAUCUCGAAGUUCCUGAUGCCGCAGAAUAUCUUUCAGGUAAUUUAAGACACCUAAGUGCUGAAAAACAACAAUUAGAACAGCAACAACAACUUUUGUUAAUGCAACAAUACCAACAACAAUUGAUAUUGCUACAACAGAGACAUCAACAACAAAUCCAUCCCCAACAGCAGCCUCAGCAACGUAUUAUAUCUAAUGGAUUUGGCAAUACGAUAAAUGAACAAACAAACAUCGAAACCACUGAUACAAAUUAUAGCACAUUAGUUGGAAAGUCUGUUUUCGUUACCCAUCCUGAUUUGAAACGUCUAUUCCAAAUGGCCAUGUCCAAAUCGGUUAGAGAGAUUUUGAUCCCUGCUGUUGAAAAAGCUUCGAACAUGGCAGUACAAUCUACUGUGAACAUUGUUUUGAAAGAUUUCGCUACCGAAGUUGAUGAACAAAAGUUAAAAACGGCCGCUAUUAACAUGGUUCAAUACUUAGCUCAAAAUGUUGCACACUCAAUUUCAGUACCAUUAUUGAAAGACACUAUCAGGAACACGACACAAUCCCUUACCCCAAAUCUCAUCAAUAUGACGAAUUCUCCAAUUGCUGAAUUGAACACCGCAAUUGAUGAUAAUAUAUCAAUUGCUGUCUCACCAAUCGAAAAAGCUGCAGUGGAGAGGGCCAUUCAGGAAGUGAACGAAAAGUUGAUUCAAGCUGUGGCUGUUCGCCGCUACCACCUAGAGCGCAGAGCUGAUCAACCAUUUGUCGCUCAAAAUAUCAACCGCUUCUCUAUGAAUUUGCCAGAUCCUCUAGGACUCAAGCCAACUGGUGUUACACGUGAACAGUUUUCUUUGUAUGAACAAUUCCCAGGAAGCCUAGGCAGUGAUGAAAAUAGGAGCCCGUUGCAAUCGAUAUCCCAACAACAACAGCAGCAGCAGCAACAACAACAGCAGCAGCAACAGCAACAGCAGCAGCAGCAGCAACAACAGCAACAGCAACAGCAACAGCAACAGCAACAGCAGCAGCAACAGUUACUCCUUCAACAAUUACAACAAAAUCAGAACCAGAACCAAAACCCCAACCAAGUACAGGGCCAGACAAUGAACCAGCCUCAGGGUGCUUCUCAAAAUAUGCUCAAUAUUUCAGGUGCUUUCCCACCACAGGCACAACCCCCUCAACCUGCUAUAUCUGCUGUACACACUGAAUUAGAACAAAACCACAGAGUUCUUUUACAUUUAAUGGAUACACUAGUUUCACAAAUCAAGGAUUACAGCGAUGAUACCGACUUCGAGCUACAAAAAGAUAGUACCAUCAAAAACACAAUUGUUGAAAUAUUAUCUUUUAUUUCUAGGAGCAACCAAAAGGAUCAAUUAUCGCUAAAGGUUUCUCAAGCUGUGGUCAAUAGUCUUUUCGGAUCCAAUGAAAGUAAACUAUGCAGAGAUGUUUUAUCCUUGUUGUUAGAAAAGUUGUGUUCUUUGUCCAUGGUUGCAAGAAAGGAUGUUGUUUGGUGGUUGGUGUAUGCUCUAGAUCCUAGAAAGUUCAACGUUCCCGUUGUUCGUUCCUUACUUGAAGUCAACCUAAUAAAUAUUGCCGAAUUGGACGCUGUUCUUGUUACGGCCAUGAAGAAUGGUAUGACUGGAGCAACAGAAUUCUCCAUGAAUUUAAUUCGUGAUACAGUUAUGUCAGAUUCUCCAAUUCUAAUGAGAUUGGACUUUAUCAGAGUAUUAGGCUAUUUGAGAACAGUCAAGACACCGGAAAUUAAAGAAUUCCUAGACGAGUACGAGCAGUGUCUUGCAGUUCCAGUUUCCAAAAAUACCCCGGUGACAAAAACAGAAAGGUAUUAUCUUGUUUUCACUGAGUGGGUAAAGUUGCAACAACGAGUGGAGUCGGAUGAUGUCGUUAACACCGUAUUUAUUAGACAAUUGUUUGACAAAGGUGUCAUUGAUAACAAAGAGAAAAUCAUUGAGUUUACUAAAGCCGCCCUAGAAUUAUCAGUCAACUCAUUCAAGCAAAGUGAUCCUACUGGCGAAGUCUUUACAUCUAUUGACGCAUUAAGUAGACUCAUUACAGCACUACUAGUUGUCCAAGACUUUGAUGUGGAAGAAAGAAAGGAAUAUCUAAACCUGCUUCUCUCUGUUGUAACGCUAGUGUUUGCAAAGGAUCAUCAGACAAAUAACACGUCCUUCAACGAAAGACCAUACUUUAGAUUAUACUCUAGUCUUUUGUCUGAUUGGGAUAAACUACGCGAUCAUAACUUUAUCAGAGUAUCAAACCCUGUUAUUAGGAAAUCUCUAAUUGAGUUUGAUCAACCGUUCUUUGACAUCUUUGCAUCAUUCUUGCACAGUUAUCAACCAAUCGCAUUCCCAGGAUUUUCAUUCGCUUGGAUCACAUUAAUCUCUCAUAGAAUGUUCUUACCUAAAGUCUUAAGGUCUAAGGAACGUUAUGGAUGGGAUAAACUGGUAUUACUACUAAUUGACUUAAUGAAAUUUUUAUCACAGUAUGUCAAAAAGGGUAACAUUCCUGAUUCUAUCUCAGUUAUUUACAAGGGAACUCUUAGGGUUUUCAUUGGUAUUGCAAACGAUGUUCCAGAAUUUUUAAUCCAAAACCAUUAUAAGUUGGUGAAGAAUGUACCUCCUACAUGCCUUCAAUUGAGAAAUAUCAUAUUAUCUGCAAUUCCAAAGAAAAUGAUGAUCACUGAUCCAUUCUCUUCCGAGAUUACUGAAGAUAACUGUGUCAGCAUACCAAAGGUCUUUUAUGAUCCAUCUCAAGACUUAAAGUCGUUAAAGAAGCCAGUUAUCAAUUAUUUAAGAAUUCCUUCUACUUCAAUUUUGAGAACUAUAUGCGGAGCACUCUUCAGGACAGAACUCGAAUAUGAGAAUGGUAUCGGUUACGAUGAAAAUAGCGUUGAUGUGGGCUUGAUACACGCCAUCGUUACUCAUGUGGCUGUAGAAGUUGGUUUAGAAGUGGAAAGAGCUUCAAAAAAUGCUGUGUUUAACGUUAAAUCGUCAUAUUACACGUUGCUAUUCGGAAUGCUAUCUGAUGGAAAUGAUGAGGUUAAGUUGCACGUCAUCCAAGCCAUGGUGAAUCAAUUGAGGUACCCUAACGUUCAUACUCACUGGUUCAACUUUGCGUUGAAAUUGAUGUUCCAAUCUACUGAAUGGCCAGAUGAUCAAUUACAAACUAUCCAAGAAGUGAUCUUGAGAGUAUUAUUAGAGAGAAUUAUUGUAAACAAACCUCAUCCAUGGGGUGUAGUUGUGACAUUCAUGGAUUUACUAAGGUUAGAAGGACCAAGUAUGACUGAGAAACCAUUCGUUACUAGUACGCCAGAAAUUCACACUAUCAUCAAGAACAUGCAAAAGUAUGCUAUCUCUAGUUAA